AUAGUACAAAAUACCUAAGGCAUUCUGGAGUUCAACCGUAACAAAUGAAAUUGCAUUUAAUUCAAAGGUUCUAUAUAAAAAAUUAAGCUAUUUUAAAGUCCUCAGAAUAGGGAAGUAAACGUUUCACGUUAAUCUGAAACACACCUCUUUAUAGUCUCUGCGAAAGUAAAGCAGUGUAUUUCUAUAUUUUUGAAAAAGAUUAAAUAAAACCUGUGAAUGUGCUAAGUCAGUGUAAGGUAUUAUUUACAGCAAUAGAAACUAUUAUAAGUUAAGAAUCAUUGUAAGAUUCUCCAACGGAUCUUGUCUAUUAGUUCAUGCUUUCAAUAAUUAUGGAGCAUGUAUGGACUCCUUCACUGUGUAGCUCUUACUUGUUUGAUUAAGAGCAUAUAAGAAAUAAGCAUAUAGCUUAUCAACAAUCUAGUAAGAAAAAAGUAUAUUUUCAAAAAUAUUUCCUGGUGAAUAACAGUGAAGCUUAUUGCAAGAUUACCAAAAGAAAUGCAUGAAAAGAAGUAUAUAAUGAUGAUACUUGCCACGUGUCUUCUGUGAGUUGAAUAUUUGCAGAACUUGCUAUCUACGGAAUGAUGAAACAAGCAUGGAGAAAAAUUGAACAUCUUGAUCAUGGCAUGGGAGAAUCAGACCUUCAACUCUAACUUCAUCCUUCUGGGUAUCUUCAAUCACAGCCCCACCCACACCUUCCUCUUCUUUCUGGUCCUGGGCAUCUUUUCAGUGGCCUUCAUGGGAAACUCUGCCAUGGUUCUCCUCAUCUACCUGGACACCCAGCUCCACACCCCCAUGUACUUCCUCCUCAGCCAACUGUCCCUCAUGGACCUCAUGCUCAUAUGCACCACUGUACCCAAGAUGGCCUUCAGCUACUUCUCUGGAAAAAAAUCUAUCUCUCUGGCAAGUUGUGGAACUCAGAUAUUCUUCUAUGUGUCCCUGCUUGGAGCUGAAUGUUUCCUUUUGGCUGCAAUGGCCUAUGAUCGGUACGUUGCCAUUUGCCAUCCAUUAAGAUACCCAGUCCUCAUGAGCCAAAAAAUCUGUGGUCUCCUGGCUGCUGCUUCUUGGAUUCUUGGCUCACUUGAUGGCAUAAUUGAAGAUGCAGUUGCACUGUCCUUCUCAUAUUGUGGUGCCCGGGAAAUACCCCACUUUUUCUGUGACGUACCUGCCCUUCUUACCCUCUCAUGCAAUGACACCUUGAUGUUUGAAAGGAUGAUAUUCAUCUGCUGUGUAAUUAUGCUUCUCUUCCCUGUAGCGAUUAUUAUUGCUUCCUAUGCCCGAGUUAUUCUGGCUGUCAUUCACAUGGGAUCUGGGGAGGGUCGUCGCAAAGCUUUUGCUACCUGUUCCUCCCACCUCAUGGUGGUGGGAAUGUACUACGGAGCAGCCAUGUUUAUAUACAUGCGACCCACAUCUGAACGUUCACCCACCCAGGACAAGAUGGUGUCUGUAUUCUACACCAUUCUCACUCCCAUGCUGAAUCCCCUUAUCUACAGCCUCCGCAACAAAGAAGUGGCCAGAGGAUUCAUGAAGGUAUUUGGGAAGGGCAAGUCUGAAGAGUAAAUUGCCGCCUAUUAUAUUUUGCUUUUUUCUCAAGUGCUUGGCUUUAUGCUUAAAUUUAUGUAUUGAAUGAAAGUAACUCAGAACCUAAUAUGUA